CAAUCCAGUGAUAAACAAUACCAGCAAGAGAACUAGAUCUGGAUCAAGUUCUGUGUAAAGAUCUGAUAAGAGAUUACUAGUCUAGAUUUACUUGUCUUAGUGCAACUUAUCAUUCAGUCUAGGUCAAGAAAAGCAUUCGCCAAAAAAAAUAAAUUAAUAAUCUAGUGUAAUCAUGUCACAGUCAUCACCAACUAGUGCCGGGUACCUCUACCAAUACACCAACUGUCACAUUUUAAGAGGAGGCAAAAUAAUCAGAGAGGAUUUGUGGAUCAGAGAUGGGAAAAUCAUGGAUCCGGAAAUUCUUUUCUAUGUAGAAAAAGUCAACGCUGAUAAGAAGAUAGAUUGCAAGAACAUGAUAAUCUCACCUGGAUUUAUUGAUGUGCAGUUGAACGGUGGAUAUGGGUAUGACUUUUCCACUGAUGUAAACCUAGAAGAAGGAAUUGAGAAAGUUGCUCAUGGCCUCUUAUCACAAGGGGUCACUUCUUUCUGCCCAACUAUCAUUACAUCUCCUCCAGAUUUUUAUCAUAAGGUUCUCCCACGUAUCAAGAAAUGUAAUGGCAGCAAGAAAGGAGCUGGUGUUCUAGGUGUACAUGUGGAAGGACCUUUCAUCUGUGUGGAAAGAAUAGGAGCCCACCCUAAGCAGUGUGUUAGAGAUUAUGAAAAUGGCUUCUCAGAUGUUCUUGAGACCUAUGGAGAUCUGACCAACAUUGCAAUAGUUACCUUGGCACCAGAAAAAAAGAACUCAAUGGAAGUGAUAGAAGAAUUCUGCAAAAGGGGAAUUGUUGUUUCUGUUGGUCAUUCAAAUGCUAAUUUGGUUGAAGGAGAAGAAGCCGUUAGAUCAGGUGCCAGAUUUAUAACACAUCUUUUCAAUGCUAUGCUUCCAUUUCAUCAUCGUGAUCCUCAUCUUGUUGGAUUGCUAACUAGCGAGAAACUCCCUCGCAACAGGAGAGUGUUUUAUGGUAUUAUUGCAGACGGCAUCCACACCCACCCUGCAGCACUUCGUAUAGCCCACAGAGUUCACCCUCAAGGUACAGUGCUUGUGACAGAUGCUAUUCAAGCCAUGGGCUUACCUGAUGGUACCUACCCUUUUGGUGAACAAACUAUUGUUGUAGAGGGCAAGAGAUCUUACAUCAAAGGGACCAAUACAUUAGCUGGCAGCACUGCAACAUUAGACCAUUGUGUGAGGUUAUUUGCCAAACAAACAGAUUGUGGCAUUGAAAAAGCUUUAGAGGCAGCCUCUCUUCAUCCAGCUCAACUGAUGGGGAUUGAAGACAAGAAAGGAACAUUGGACUUUGGCACAGAUGCUGACUUUAUUAUGUUGGAUGAUAGUUUAAACGUCAAGGCGACAUACAUUGCUGGGGAAUGUGUGUACACAGCCCCAUAAAACCAUUGACAUCAUACAAAUAUCACAUGUUCAAACUUCCAUUUUUCUAUCAUGUCCAAUACAAAUUCACUCAGGACUUCUCUGUCAAAGAUUUUUUUACUAUAUUAAUGUUAUAAAAACAAGGCAUUAUUCUUGUCCAUUGUAUAAAGAAGUUUUUGUAAUAUUCUUUUAAAAAAUUUCUUUUCUUCAUUUCUAUAACCAGGAUGAACUGCAUAAUCUCCGUUUGCAUUUAAAAAAAUUUAGACUUGUGAUUUAAUUGAUUGUAGUUAAUGUGAACAAUCAGGUAAACAUUUCCGUGUGUAUUUAUUGUUAGCUAUAAUAAUUGAACAUGCAUAAAUAAUAUAUAUGUAUAUAAAAUAUUUACUGGCUCCCCCCCCCCCCCCUUAUUUGCACGCAAUUCAUGGAUCUAUCUUUGUAUUAGUUUUAUAGGUAGUUGUCAACAAUGACAUUUUAAAUAAUUCCAAAUGUAACCUCAAAUGUGUCCAAUAUUGAACCCAGGAUCUUGAUGGACCGAAAUGAAAAGAUGGAUAUUUGUCAGAU